CGAACACAUUGGCUCUUCCAACGAAUAUUUUGCAAGCGAAACUUUAAACUUGUAAAAUAUCCUCAAUUUGUAACAAAAAGACUGUUUAUUGGGCUGUACAUAAUUUUGUUUUAAUGUUUAACAACUGGUGAACUACGGGUACAACAAAUUUCCUAUGAUUUAGUGGAAGAGUUUGACUAAAAACAGUCUGUGAUAGCGAAAGCAUUGUGUUCGUGUCCGGAACUUGCCACCGAACGUCAAGUUUCAGAAUGGUUCGCACCAAGCCAUCCCGCCACGGCAACACCAAACGGAACCGGACCAGCUUCCAGGAGGAGAAACUGAACGCAAAGAUUCGUGACUUUGACAUUUUGGCGGAAGGCCUACUGGCGAACCUGGAGUCCGUGUACAGCAACAGCUUGGACGACCAGUUGCGGAAGUUGCACUUGGUGAAGAACCGGAUGCCCAAGCGGGUGCUGCAGAUGAAGAUGGGUGACCUGCGGCUGUUGACCGGCGUCAAGACCUUUGCAGAUUUGGAGAAAAUGUCCGUGGAGGCGAUCGACGCGAUGAGUUCUAUCGGCUCGAGCCAGUUCUCGCAGAGUUUCGGCAACGGCAACGAGAAGACCGAAAAGAAGCUGUCCAAGGCCGACGAGGGUUAUCUCACCGAGGACAGCGGCCUGGGCUGCAACCCGCUGCCGGACCUGAUGAUGUCCGCUUCGAAAGCCCGUCCGUACGGCCCGUUGGCAUCGGCGAUGAAGAACCGUCGCCGGAGCAAGUCCGUGUCCGGCCAGGCCACCCCGUCCAAAGGUCACGCUUCCCUCUUGCUCGGCAUCAAGUCCAAGAAGACCUUCGGCGCAAGUCAAUCGCUCUUCGCCGCAGCCGCCGCCGACAACAAUCGCCACUCGCGGUCCAAGUUCCGGACGCCCAACGCCGCGGCAGGUCGCCUCCAGACGGUCAGCACGGAUCGCGGUCUUAGCCUGAUUACGCCCAAGGUGCAACCAAACACGCCGAUGGCCUUACUGAGACACGCGCGCGCAGGGGAAAGCAUCUACUCUAUGACCGGUAGUCCGGUUAUAACGGCCGCCAUGGUGGAGGAAACGGCCAACGUUAACAUCCCGGUCGCGAACGGAAUGCUAUCGAUUCGACCCACCGACAUGGAAAGUUUCGAUGCGGGACUGCUUCAGCGUAUCGACCCGGGAACGUUGGAACAUCUCAAGAAGCUGCAGAGGAAUCUGAACAAGAUUAUGCAGAUCGCCGAGGAGCGUCAACUGCAGAAGCUGUGAAUAGACUGGCAUACUUUGUAUUUUAUCAUUAGUUGCCUUACUUAAUUUUGCAAUGUCACUCAUUAUGUGUAGAAUAAUUCAUGUUUGUUUGAAGAUUAGUUAAUUGUAUCGCAUGGAGAGAGGAGAUAAUUCUCUGAUGACUGGUUCCUAAUCCUUACUGAAAUAGCAGUUUUUAAAU